CCGGGCGUGCGCCGGGAGGGCGGGGGCGGGACCGGCGCCGCAACCGGGGCCGAGCCGGUGGGCCUGUGUGAGCACUGGGGGCCAGGUGCUUGACAGUCAUUGGCUUGAAGGACCUGUGAUGAGUUUGAAAUUUGGACUGUCUUGGACUGUCUGAAGCACUCCAACUGUCAAUGUCUGCACACUCUUGGGAUUCCAUCUCUCCCAGUGUGGCUGGCACCUUUCACCUCUGGAUAAAGCUGUUGUUCAGUUUUGCUUUGCAAAGCAAGUUUCUGCAGAAGUAGAAGACGGGAUUUCAUUUCCCACGAGGGCGUUGAGUCGUGUCACAGCGAGAGCCACUGUUAGAUGUCCCCGUGUUCUUUGCCAGGACAUGCCAUCCCACAGCUGUACACUCCUGGUGACUGCCACGUCCUGCAGAAGGGGACCUGACUAAUUCCUGCCCAGCCUGGAGACCCAUGUGCUCCCAUUUCCCGUUCAAAGUUGUCUCUUUGCGAGUGUACUGAGAAACAAAUGGGAGCUCGAGGUGCUCUGUCACAGAAGCAAAUGAUUCCUGCCAGCCAUGUCCCCAGCUGAGUGGGUCCCACAGCCCUCUGCCCCCAGGGUCUGUGCCAGUAGCCACACUGGGAUUUGCUGAGCCACAGGGUUCAUGUUGAGCGUGUUGUGUUUUAAGGUUUUGAGGAAAAUGCAGAGGCGGCACAGCAGCAACACUGACAACGUGCCUCCUGAAAGAAACCGGAGCCAGACGGUCAGUUCUGAAACCAGCGUGGAUGAAAGUGGAGUUUUUGAAAGCCUGAAGGCUGAAGCCUCCUCUCCACAGCAGCUGUUCUCGGGGCUGGCCGGGAUCCCCUCGGGCACCAUCACAGCCACGCCCUUCCAGUCCGGGCUGGUGCUGGGCUCUUCCGCCGGAGGUGGGGAAGUGUUCAUCCAGAUGCCAGCCCCGAGGGAGGAGGGGGCCAGCCGAGCUGAGGGAGCCCCGUUUCACCACCGGCAGCCGUCCCAUCACUUCCACCAUGGCCACCACCGGGGCUCCUCUCUGCUGCACAUGGCAGGGGGGGACCGGCACGGGCACGCUGAGGAGGGCACUGAGGAACAGGCUGGAACUCCAGCCCCAGCUCUUUCUGAGCUAAAAGCUGUGAUUGGUUGGCUGCAGAAGGGACUUCCCUUCAUCUUGAUCCUCCUGGCUAAAGUUUGUUUCCAGCACAAGCUUGGAAUUGCUGUGUGCAUUGGCAUGGCCAGCACCUUUGCCUACGCCAACUCCACGCUCCGAGAACAGGUUGCUUUGAAGGAGAAGAGAUCAGUGUUGGUUGUCUUCUGGAUCCUGGCCUUUCUCACUGGAAACACCCUGUACUUGCUUUACACAUUCAGCUCUCAGCAGCUUUACAACAGCCUUAUAUUCCUGAAACCCAGCCUGGACAGGCUGGACUUCUUCGACCUCAUGUGGAUCGUAGGCAUCGCAGACUUUGUGCUGAAGUACCUCACCAUUGCCCUGAAAUGCCUCAUCGUGGCCCUGCCCAAGAUCAUCCUCGCUGUCAAGUCAAAGGGAAAGUUUUAUUUGAUUAUUGAGGAGCUGAGCCAGCUGUUCCGCUCCCUUGUCCCCAUCCAGCUGUGGUACAAAUACAUCAUGGGAGAUGAUCCAUCCAGCAGCUACUUCCUGGGCGGAAUCCUGAUCAUCAUGUACAGCCUCUGCAAGUCUUUUGACAUUUGUGGCCGUGUGGGAAGUGUCAGGAAGGCACUGAAGGUCCUUUGCACCCCCCAGACCUAUGGAGUCCGUGCCACCAGCCAGCAGUGCAGUGAGGCAGGAGACAUCUGUGCCAUUUGCCAGGCAGAGUUCAGGGAACCUCUGAUCCUUAUGUGCCAGCACGUGUUCUGUGAGGAGUGCCUGUGCCUGUGGUUCGACCGGGAGAAGACGUGUCCCCUGUGCCGCUCGGUCACCGUGGAGACCCUGCGCUGCUGGAAGGACGGCACCACCUCUGCCCACUUCCAGGUGUACUGACAGCAGGACAGCUCACCAGGGCACAGAGCAGGAACAGCUGGAAAACCCCAGGAUCCUGUGCCCCUGUUUAGUCGCCUGUGGUUUUGUUUCAAUCUUUCUUCCAGCUCUGAGCCAACAGAACAAUUGUGACUGGCCAGAAACUUUACCCUCAAAGGCAGGGAAGGUGUGGGUUGUGUUAUGGCAAACUCCAGGACGUUUCUGGAGCUUACAUGGUUAUAAAGUGUUUGGGAUGUUUCCUAUUUGCCUGUCCUUUUAGUAUGGACAAACACUGCGUGUCCAGGGCAGGGGAGCUGUGACUGCACGUGCUGAACAAAGCUGUGCUCUGGCUGAGGAGCUUCACUUUACCUGGCCCUGCAUUCCCUGAAUCCAUAACUUUACAGAAUUACACAGCACCUCUGAGAACUCUUCCCAAGCAGUGCUUCAGAACCUCAUGUCCAAAGUUUCAGUUGGAGAACUGUCAUUUCCCAGCUGUUUUUCCAAUUGAUUCCACAAAUGGCACAUGCUGUCACCUUAAGAAAAUCACAGGGAACUUGGGAAGGACCACACCAGUGAAGCUGGAAAUGACACUUCCUUUCCCUGGGAAUGUUUUUCCUCUUUAAUUUUCAUGAUGAGACUCCUGAUUUCCCAGUCUCUGGGGAGAGCAGCGGAAGGUUAAACUCAAGUUGGGUUUGUCUGCGUGGAAAUCCAGCUCCUGACCAAGAGCAUUUCACAAACUUAGGGUCUCUGCCCUGUGCUCCUCAGCCAGGACCUGCCUGGGUUCUCCAGGGAAAACCAGAACCUUGAGCUUCAGCAGGAGCUCCCGGAGGAGGGAGGUCCCUGACGGGAAUUAACCCCAUCCCUGUGGCCGAGGUCUCUGCUGAGGUUCUCCAGCAGCACAAGCCCUCAGAAGGAGCUGCUGUUUGUUCUGGAGCUUUCCUGUCCCCAGACGACCUCUGCUCCCACCCCUUUGGAACAGCAGCAUCUUCCCAGCUCAUUGCCAUGGAAAUGGCUCAAGGUGACAGCCCCACCUGAGCCAUCAGCGGGAAGAGGUUCCUGGGGGAAUGAGGCUGAGUCUGUGCUGAUGGAAACUCCACAGGGGAAGGAUUAAAGCAAACGGGAGCUGAUGGGAACAGGAUUAAGGCUCCACAUUUCUUUGGAAAUACCAGUUCAGUGUGGCUGAGGAGGAAUGGUGAGAGGCAGAGCAUGAGCUGGGGAAAAUCCAAAUCUGGCUUGGGAGGUUCAGGGAAGCAGAGGAGGAGAAGCUUUACUUUCCAAAACAAAGCGAUGUCAAAUCCUUGUCCAAUGCAUCCUGUGGAAGUGGAGAACUAAGCCAAGGAAUCUCAUUGCUCUCUGCAAUGGGAAUAGCUUCCCUCAUCUUUGGGAUGGGGGAGAGAGUUCAGAAAGGCAGAAAGCAAGGUUUUCAUUGGGCAUAAAAAUAUGAUGUGUGAUAGCCUGGAAUAUGCACCAGGAAAAGGGGAAAUGAGGAUUCCAUGGGCAGGGAGUUUCUGAAAGGCUUCAGUGUCACUUUGCAGUGCCAAUGAACCAAGGAUUUGUGUUCCUGCUUUCAAACUGUUUGAAAAGCUACUUCUCAUUCUGAAUUUUUUUCCAAAAUGGUCCUGGAAAAUGUGUUUGGAGAGUGUAGGAAAAGGUCAGUAGGAGCCCAGCUCUACAGAGAGCGUGGGAUACACUGCUUCAGAAUCAGUGCUUUAUUUGGUGAUAAGGCAGGAAACCAAAGGGAAAGGUUGGGUUUGCAUUCUUAAAGUUUUGGGGUUUUUUGGGAGGAUGGUCCUACCUUCUCCUGGAACAUGACACUUGGACCAGAAAACAUCCCAGGGGAACUUCCAUUCCAGUGACAGCUGCUGGGAGCCUGUUGAUUUCCAUGGGAAAGCAGGGAAGGCUGGGGAAGGAAGUUCCUCUGAGAGAGGAAAUAAAACCCGGAGCCUUUUUUUGCCAUUGAACAGUUAUUUUUCUUUUUUUUUAAUAAAUUCCUUAUAAAUAUGUACAAAGAGUCUCAGCAUAUGAAAUUCCUUUUACAAAAGAGAGAAGCCCCAUCCAGCCAGGACCAGGAGCCUCCUGGAGCUCCAGGAACUCCAAGCACAGGCCCUGCCCUUGCUUUGGUGAGGGGGAAACCUGCACAGUGACCCUGCUGGAGUUAAUCCCAGUGGUACUGGAUCAGCAAAAUGCCAGGAACUGGGCAUUCCCUGCCUGCCAUUCCCUUAGCAACGCCCCGGGAGAGACUGGGGAAUUCGCAGUGGCCUCAGGACUAACAAGGACAGACGGGGAGGGUUUUGUGAUAAGCUGUGGUGAAUGACUGGAAAAGGGGUGCUGUAAAAACCCAGGGAAUUAAAUCCCACUGCAGCUGGGUUUGCUCUGCUUGGUGCCACCUGUAACUACUGAUGGAGUAACUAAUAAAGGUGUAACUAAUAAAGGUGUAACUAAUAAAGGUGUAACUAAUAAAGGUGUAAGUAAUAAUGGCCAUUUAAUCCUCA